UCAGAACUUUUGUUUGGGAGUGUUUGUGCGCCAGCGAAGUUUGAUAACUUUCAAUUAGUUAUUAUUCUUGUUCCGCCGCUCGGACGGGCCGGAUCCGGCGGGGCUGGGGAAGAGCUGCGGGGCUACGGGGGAGGAAAGGAAGGCAGCGGGGAGGCCAGCCAGGGAGCCAGCCGGAGCCGGGGCCGCCGUCGGUGCGGGGCAUGCGGGACGGAGAGCCCGAAGCUGUUGCUUAAAGACAAGCGGCUGAAGCAGGGAGGCCGGCCAGCCAGCCAGCCAUGGACCCCGCCGGACAGCCCCAGCCUCCGUCGGCGGCCUCGCAGCAGGCGGCCUCGCAACAGCCGCCUUCGGGGCAGCCCCCUCAAGCGGCGGGGGCGCCUCCGCAGCCCCAGCAGCAGCCCGGCGCCGUGUCCGGGGCCCCCCCGGCCGGGCACCAGAUCGUCCACGUCCGGGGCGACUCGGAGACCGACUUGGAGGCUCUCUUCAACGCCGUCAUGAACCCCAAGGGCGCCAACGUGCCCCACACGCUGCCCAUGAGGCUCCGCAAGCUGCCCGACUCCUUCUUCAAGCCGCCCGAGCCCAAGGCCCACUCCCGCCAGGCCAGCACAGAUGCAGGGACAGCAGGAACCCUGACUCCUCAGCAUGUUCGUGCUCAUUCUUCUCCAGCCUCACUGCAGCUGGGCACUGUCUCUCCAGGGACACUCCCCCCCACAGGAGUCAUUUCUGGACCUUCGCCUUCUUCUCAGCAUCUUCGCCAACCAUCUUUUGAAAUUCCCGACGAUGUGCCCCUACCACCCGGCUGGGAGAUGGCGAAAACUCCUUCUGGUCAGAGAUACUUUCUGAAUCACAUCGAUCAGACGACAACUUGGCAGGAUCCACGAAAGGCCCUCCUUUCCCAGUUGAACGUUACAGCCCCCACAAGCCCUCCACUGCAACAGAACAUCAUAAAUUCAGCAUCGGGCCCGCUCCCUGAUGGAUGGGAACAAGCCAUGACCCAGGAUGGAGAAAUUUACUACAUAAACCAUAAGAACAAGACCACAUCUUGGCUAGAUCCAAGGCUUGACCCACGCUUUGCUAUGAGCCAGAGAAUCAGCCAAAGUGCUCCAAUGAAGCAGCCGCCUCCAUUAGCCCCUCAGAGUCCACCCGGUGGCGUGCUGGGAAGCGGCAGCUCCAAUCAGCAGCAGCAGAUGAGGCUGCAGCAGCUGCAGGUGGAGAAAGAGCGGCUGCGGCUGAAACACCAAGAACUGCUGCGGCAGGCAUUGCGGAAUAUCAAUCCCAGCACAGCAAAUUCUCCAAAACGUCAGUUCCAGCUACUGUAUGGUGGUGGAAGGAUUGAGCUACAUGGGCAGAUGUUGUUGCACUGUGCAAACAUUAGUCAGGAUCUGGUCCUCUGUCUUGAACUUUUUAAAGAAUACAGGUUCAGUGGCACAAACUUACUGGAUAAGCAGGUUGUCCAUGCUCGUGGCCAAAUUGUGGCAAUUGACCUGGAAUUCCACAAUUUUUCAGCCAUGUACAGCAGUUGA